AUGUCCCAUUUAUCUCACAGCUCAAGUCUUAACAAGGUCCUGCGCCAGCAAUACCUCAGUUUGCCUCAGGAAGACCUCUGUCUGGUCACUUAUGUCUGGAUCAAAGGUGUGGACCUGCAUAUCAAGACUCGAACCAUGGAUUCUGUGCCAAAAAGCAUAGCAGAUAUACCAGAAUGGCACUCAUCUGGAUCACCCGUCUUUGAGAUCCUACUGGCUCCUGUCUGUAUGUUUAGAGACCCCUUCCUUUUGGACCCUAAUAAACUGGUGCUGUGUGAGGUGCUUAAGCACACCCGGGAACCUGGAGAAUCGAACCAUCGUAACAGCUGUAACAAGGUCAUGGAAAAGGUCAAAAACCUUCACCCUUGGUUUGGAAUGGAGCAAGAAUAUACACUAUUUGGAGUGGAUGGGCACCCUUUCGGCUGGCCAAGAUUUGGCUUCCCUAAGCCACAAGGUCUAUAUCAUUGCAGUGUUGGUGCUGACAGGGCCUUUGGCAGAGACAUUGUGGAGUGCCAUUAUAAAGCCUGUCUGUAUGCUGGCAUCAAAAUUGGUGGCAUUAAUGCAGAGGUCAUGCCCUCUCAGUGGGAGUUCCAGGUGGGACCAUGUGAAGGUAUUGAGAUGGGAGACCAUCUGUGGAUGGCCCGUUUCCUGCUACACAGGGUAUGUGAAGAUUUUGGGGUGGUUGCCACUUUAGAUCCAAAACCCAUGAAAGGAGAUUGGAAUGGAGCUGGUUGCCACGUCAAUGUGAGCACUGUGCACACCAGAGAGGAAGGAGGGAUUUGGCAUAUUGAGAAAGCCAUCGAGAAUCUGAGAAAGCGACAUGAAGAGCAUUUGCGGGUGUACGACCCACACUGUGGCGAGGAUAACAAGCGUCGCCUCACGGGUCUUCACACGACCUCCAGCAUCACUGAAUUCUCAGCAGGUGUUGCUAACCGAAAGGCCAGCAUUCGUAUUCCUCAUCAGGUGGCUCAAGACAAACGCGGCUAUUUUGAGGAUCGCCGUCCUGCUGCCAACUGUGACCCAUAUGCUGUGACCUGCACAAUUGCCCGCACCUGCAUGCUGGAGGAGGAAGACGUCCAUGAAUUGGAAUAAUGCACUCUU